GAAGUGAUUUUCCGGAAGAAGCAUGGCUGCUCCCUAGAUCUGGCCAGGCUUUGCAUUCUGAACCGCGGACGCCAUGCAGUCAGAUGAUGUUAUCUGGGAUACACUAGGAAACAAGCAGUUUUGUUCCUUUAAGAUUAGAACUAAGACUCAGAGUUUUUGCAGAAAUGAAUAUAGCCUGACUGGACUGUGUAAUCGGUCGUCUUGUCCCCUGGCAAACAGUCAGUAUGCCACUAUCAAAGAAGAGAAAGGACAGUGCUACUUGUAUAUGAAGGUUAUAGAGCGAGCAGCUUUUCCUAGGAGUCUCUGGGAACGGGUCCGGCUUCGUAAAAACUAUGAGAAAGCACUGGAGCAAAUAGAUGAAAAUCUAAUUUACUGGCCCCGUUUCGUUCGACACAAGUGUAAGCAGAGAUUCACCAAGAUCACCCAGUGCCUAAUUCGAAUUAGAAAACUUACACUAAAGCGACAGAGGAAACUUGUUCCCUUGAGUAAGAAGGUGGAACGGAGGGAAAAAAGAAGAGAGGAAAAGGCAUUAAUAGCUGCUCAGCUGGAUAAUGCUACUGAAAAGGAAUUGCUGGAGAGACUGAAACAAGAUACGUAUGGUGACAUCUACAACUUUCCCAUUCAUGCCUUCGACAAGGCCCUGGAACAGCAGGAGGCAGAGAGUGACUCUUCAGAUUCUGAGGAAAAAGAUGACGACGAUGAAGAAGAUGUGGGGAAGAGAGAGUUUGUGGAAGAUGAUGAGGUGGAGGAGAGUGACGUAAGUGAUUUUGAGGAUAUGGAUAAACUGGAUGCCAGCAGUGAUGAAGAUCAGGAUGAUAAAUCCUCCAUCGAGGAAGAAGAAAAGUCCCUUGAUACCAGACAUAAAGGCAAAACACCCUUGAAAGGACCCUUGCGGAGAAAACGAGCCUAGGUGGAGAUAGAG